AAUAAUUUCUAGUUCUUCAAGUUCUCAUCUUAUCACUCAAGACUACUCCAAGCGGUUUGUUAAAGGAAGAAGUUGUCUUCUUCAGAUUUAUCUAUGUCAAAGGACCUUAAAAUUUUCCUUGGAUUGCUAGGAGGGCUAGUGGGUUUUUUACUAAUUGUUAAAAUCAUAGGGGAGCCAAAGAAAGAGGAAAAGAAGACAGGGAAUAAGGACCAGGACAUAGAGACGGUAAUGGAGGCUUAUAACCAUGAAAAACCAUCAGGGCCAAAGGUUGAGGAAACGAUAGAUGAGGAAUUAGGUUUAACAAAGAAACAAACAGUAGAAAGAUUCUUAGAUCAGGUGCUCAAAGAAAAACCAGCCAGGUAUUCAUCUCAAUUGCUUGAAAUUUUCACAUUAAAUUACUCUACCAAAUUAGGUGAAGGUGGGUAUGGAGCAGUUUACAAGGGAUAUUUUCCUAAUGGACAUCAGAUAGCUGUUAAAGUACUGAACAACAAUGGCCUAGACAAGAGAGUUGACGAGCAAUUCAUGGCUGAAGUCAACACUAUUGGAAGAACAUACCAUAGGAAUCUAGUAAGGCUUUAUGGCUUCUGCUUUGAAGAAAAGACCAAAGCUCUAGUUUAUGAAUACAUGGAAAAUGGAUCUCUUGACAAGCUAUUGUUUGAAAACAAACAUGAAAUUGAGUGGGACAAGUUGUAUGAGAUAGCAGUUGGGGCAGCCAGAGGGCUUGAGUAUUUGCAUCACUUCAGCCAUAGGAGAAUAAUCCAUUAUGAUAUUAAACCUGCAAAUGUUUUGCUCGAUUCUAACUUUUGCCCAAAGAUUGCAGAUUUUGGACUAGCAAAGUUGUGCAAUCCGGACAGCACAAAUGUAACCAUGUCAAAAGUUGGAGGAACUCCUGGUUAUGCUGCACCAGAGGUUUGGAUGCCGUUUCCCGUAAGCUACAAAUGCGAUGUUUAUAGUUUCGGGGUGAUGCUGUUUGAGAUUGUUGGAAGGAGGAGGAAUUUUGAUGUGAACUUGGAUGAGAGUCAAAAGUGGUUUCCGACACAAAUAUGGGAAAAGUUUGAAAAGGGAGAAUUGGAGGAGAUUUGGGACAAAUGUGAAAUUGAAGAAAAAGACAGGGAAAAAGCCAAGACAAUGGUAACAGUGGCUCUGCAGUGCGUCCAAUACUUGCCAGAGGCAAGACCUUCCAUGAGGAAUGUUGUAAAGGUUUUAGAAGGUGGAGCUGAAGCUGCGACUCCCACAAAUCCAUUUCAGCACUUGAUUUCAUCAGCUCUUGUACCUUCAAGCAUGGUUAGCAGCUCAAAUUCAACAACAGAUUAUGAUGAGGAUUACAGGGAUGAUACCACAAUCAUGAGAAGAUAUGAGAUUCAAUAUGCAACUUCUUAGCAUUGAGUGACAAAUUGAAGCCUUUAAAGCGACCCAAAUUUGAUAAGAAAGAGUACGACGAGGUAUUACAAUUAUUAUUUAUAUUAUUUGGAUAUAUCUAUUACAUAAAACAAUAUCUAUUUGUAUAUCGUGGAUUAUUAUAAUCGUUUAUAUUAAAUUUGUCUGAAUUGUUGAACUUUGCUGUCACUCAAUGUAUGAAAAUUUUAUAA